GUCGCUUUGGGAAUUGCAUAGUAUUCCGCCGCUAAGUUAUGCACAGCUUACUAGGCUUACAUGAGGCGAGCGAAUCUCUGCAGGAAACAACUUCGAUCAACCUCAGCCAUCUACGUAUAUCAAACCCACUGUACAGAGAUGGUGGGAGAAUCGGGAUCAUUCCUCUUGUACAUAUUGUGUAACGUUGCGAAGACGACUCGCUCGUCACUUAGUGGCGACCCUCCAUGGCGAGCGGGAUGUCCGGUUAAAUCAUUCUUACGCCGCAUUCAGGGCACCUCAAGCAUCAAGAUCGACUACUAGGACUUUCGGGGAGUCUUAAAUGCCGAGGGUGUGUCUCGACAUGAGAUGGCAAAGUUGGCUGUAGGAGGAAUUUUUCCCAUGUCACACCGAGAACCAAGGGAACACUUCUAGCUGCUCUGUCUCGCACGAGGCAGGUGCUCCAGAAAGCGCUCCAGAACAACAGAAUGUAUGUCCGAACCCAUCAAGUCAAUUACUCGUCGCUACCUGGCGGAGAGGAUCAAGAAAAGAGGACAAGUAGACAUACCAAAUAUUGGAGCGGAAGGCCUAAAGUCAUUCUCGUCUUUGUUCUGAUAGCACUAACCACCGGUGCCUUCAUUUACACCUUAUCACAAGCCUUCCGACCCGCAUCCAUUCGUUGUGAGAAGCCUCGCACUCGCCAGGAAUGGAGAACACUCUCAACCACAGACAAACUCAACUACAUCCAGAGCAUCAGAUGUCUCCAAAAUCGUCCUUCUGAUCUUCCAACUGGCGGAAGCCGCUAUGAUGACUUUCCAUAUAUUCAUCCUGCGGUUGGCUACACAAGUCACGAGAAGUCCAGCUUUCUUCCAUGGCAUCGAUACUUCCUUCACAUCUACGAAGAACGUUUGAGAGACGAGUGUGGGUACGCUGGACCAUUGCCUUAUUGGAACUGGGUUCUAGAUUACCAAGAUCCAGCAGCCUCUCCAGUCUUUGAUACACAGCUUGGCUUCGGAGGCAAUGGUGAUGCCGCACUCGGUGAGAGUCAAAUAGGCGGCGGUCAUUGUGUGACAGAUGGCCCUUUCGCUAUGACUACCGCACGGUACAUUGACACGAAGGUUUACCCCCAUUGCCUUUCUAGAAACUUCAGGAACGAUACGUCAACAGGUCAUUUCACCGGGAAACUUAUUCAGCCCAACAUGGUGGAGAAGAUACUUGAUGAAGACGAUCUGCUUUCAUUCACUUUGAAGCUGGAAGACGCCCCUCACAAUACGAUACCUUUUGGUAUACGAGGAGACUUCUUGUCAUUCAAUGCUCCUGCAGAUCCAUUAUUCUUCUUGCAUCAUGCGCAGCUGGACAGGUUGUGGUCGAAGUGGCAAAAUAAAAUACCAGGAAGGCGUGGAACAUAUGACACAAAGCACUCAGAGGAAUCAGAUGAGAAGGCAAGCUUAAGGGAUGUGAUCGAGAUGGGAGAUAUGGCAUCGGCAAUAACGGUUGCGGAUAUCAUUGACACCGAGGAUGGGAUUCUGUGCUACAACUAUGAUACCUGAGUUACAACUCAGCCUGCUUACGCUGUGAUGAGAUUAACCACGACUAUGCAAGUCAACACUGUCAAGUAACCUCUUUAGUGUGCCAUUUUGUCGUGAUGCUGUGAUCAGUCGUUGGCAUAGUGAGGCGACAAAAAUAGGGCCUGCAAGAUUUCUGGCUGAAUACGUGCAGAUCCGCGCGUGUUGGGUGCAUACUAAGUCAGCAGAGCCACCGAAUCAACAACGCAACAUCAAUAUGGCACGUCUGAGGGAUUUCCAGGAUACUGCGGC